AUGAAUGCAUAUAGCACUGAAGGAAGGUACUUGUUAAUAAUAUACGAAAAGGUAUUUAAAAUAAUCUACAUAAAGAAUUUAAAAGACAACAAAAAUGAUAAGGUCAAGGUACCAUCCUUAUUCAUUUUCCGCGAUAGUGGAAAGUGCACGGAGAAAUUAAUAAAUAAAGACAAAAUCAGGAAGAAGAGCAAAAAAUUUGGAAACGUAAUAAGUGAGCUAAUCAUAGAUAAUAUAAUUGGUACAAUAGAAAUUAAGGACGAGUUAUUUCUUUUUGUAGUAGAUAAAUGGAAGCUCUUGUGCAAAUUCUUUUAUUUAAACAAAUAUAGGAGCAUAUAUAAAAUAGAGAAGGUGCAUUACAUCCCUUAUAAUAUUAACAUUGUUUCCUUUAAUACCAUUAUUAGCAAUGCACUGAAUGUGGAUGAUAACUCCAAUAGUUACUUUAUCGAUCACCUCGUUAAUCAGGAAGAUAUAGGCAAAGAUUUUGAGGUUAUAAACAAUAGCAGUCAAAGUCACAGCACGGCGAUAGCCAAGUUUGUCAGGAAUCCUGGUGAUCACCAUGAUGACCAUCGUGGCCACAGGGUGGGCAGUGCCCAGCAGAAGGCGAACUCGAACGAUCCCUCCUUCGAGCCAGGCAGUUCAGACAAUGAAAUUGAGAAAAACUACCAAAUGGACCAGGAGGAUGUGUACAGAAAGCACUUUGCAAAUAAAAGUAGCAAGAUAAAUGAAGACAGGGGUACCAGCACAUGGAACAAAUUUGGAGGUGAAUUCGAAAUGGAGGUCGAACCCACGAAUUAUAGAACCCACACAAGUGGCAACUAUAACAAGAAAGAGGAGAAAAAUAAGAAAAUCCUCAAUUUUAAUACUGCGAAAAGGUGGCUCACAAAUCAGUUCAACCAUAAAAGUUUUCUGAACAUUAUUUCAGACAUCACGAAUUAUGAUGGCCGUGGUGGUGCAAUUACUGGUGGUGGUGGAGGCGUCGUUCCAGGCAACGUUAUAGAGGGUGUUACUAGCUGCCUUCCUGGCAGCAGUAUCGGAGCUGGUAGCAGCAGCCACACCCGCGGGGGAAUGGAACGGAACGAGGAAGAAAUGAUGAAUACGAAUUCGUCUACACUGGACGAAAACGAAUUUAUGAUGCAAGUCCUCAACGGUAAGGAAAAGUUCACUCGGCAGGAAAAUGGAGGCAGGCCAAAAAGGGUAACGAAUAGUGAACAUAACUGCAGAGGUAGAGAGGAGAUGGAAAAGGAAAAUGGCAUUAGUACCUACGGUGCCAAUAAUCAUAAGAAUAAAAGUAUCACAACAGAACCAGACGCUCCUUAUGCAAAUAAGGAUGAUGGUGACAGAAAAGAACACAUUGGCUCUCCAAAAAUAAACAUUAACUUGAUUGACGAUUUGUUUACGGAUAGGAAGAAGGACAUUGCGGAAUUGACAGUUGCUGAAAACCAAAUAGUUGGACAGGAAAAUCAAUUAAAUCAUUUACUUCAUGAUGAUAUCAAGGAAUCAUAUGAAAAGGAAGGAAAGAAUGAUCAGAAUAAUUCCUUAAACUGUGGGAAGAAUGAGAAGAAAUCUAGUUUGUGGCCACCUGGUGAAAACCUCCCCGAUGAUAAGGGUGAUAUAGCAGGAACAGAAGCAGCGGAUGGAGGGGUGCCUAGCAACGGGAAUAACGAUAGUUACUACCAAAAUUUGAUGUGCAUAUAUAAUGAUGAAAAGAAGGGAAGAAUUGGAUCAAAGAAUGAAGGAGCUAGUAGUAAUGUUGAGGAAGAUAAGGGUAUACCAAUAAAUAGGGGAGAGGAGUCGGUAGGGAAUUCGCCAAAGAAUGGAACUACGGAAAGCAAGGGGGACCUGAAGGACCUCAUUAAUAACUCGUACUUCAACGUAAGGAACAACCUUGGUGUGGUGGAAAGUAGCGAACAUAGUGAGAAGAGGAACUCCUACCCCCUGAGCCUCAAAAAUGCAAAUGACCAAAGUAUGAAAACGGAUGAAAAAAAAAUGAAUAUAAAAAUGGACAUGCACAAAAUGUUAAAAAUGAUACAAAAAAUUCUUACAGUACACAUGUACUACUCAUAUGACUAUGACUUAACGCAGUGUAUUCAAAAGAAAACGAAAAAGAAUAUCCAAGAGGUAGAUGUAGAACCCAUGUUUUCUUCAUCGUCAACGCAUAGGAAACGAUCUUUCCUAAAUGUAAGCGAAAAAAAUUUCAUGUGGAAUUAUCAAAUGAUUAAAAAAAUCAAGUGUAAAUGCAAAAUUGAUGAUAAUUGGUUUUGCUCAGUAAUUCAGGGUUACAUUUCUUACACUUCUAUUGAAAUAAAUAGGAGGUGCUUAGAGUUGCUUCUCAUUAGUCGUCGCUCCUCCGUCUUGGGUGGAACGCGAUUUAAUAAGAGAGGCAUCAAUGAUGAUGGCUAUGUGGCUAACUAUGUAGAGACGGAGCAAAUUGUAAGAAUUAACAAUAGGAAUGUUACCUAUUUGAAUCGUUUUGACAAGGCUAACCUGGCUCUAGAUAAUGUGAAGAAGCAAAAGGCGAGUGAGAGAGGACGCUCAUCCGUGGGUAUUAAUUUGGGAACUCUCAACAAGAGCCAAAUGAACAAUUUGGGAUUGGUACAAAAUAGCACUGCCGAUGUAGCUCCAGAAAAUGUGGUGUCACAUGUAGCUAACGCGCCAAUAAAUCUUUCAAAGAAUAUGCAUGAGGGGGAGUUGGACCCGUUGGGAAAAAUGUCCUAUCCGCAAGGAGAAGGGAAGGCACCUGCUGGGGAAGGCAUUGUCGAAGCAAAUGUUAAUAACGAAAGAGUUACCACCGGAGAGAGCAGCGGAGGCAGUCAUGGGUGCAUCAAUAGUGAUAGUAACUUCGAAAACAGAAUAAUCUCCCUAGUCCAAAUAAGAGGAUCAAUCCCACUUUUCUGGAAGCAGCAUUCGAUGUCAUCGCACGUAAAUAUACAGCGGUCUUCACUGCUAAGUAUAAAGGCCUUCAAGGAACACAACAAAAAGUUGAUUACAAAUUAUGGUAACAACAUUUACUACAUAAAUCUCCUUAGUCAAAGCAAAAACAACGAAAAAAAAUUGACAAAAAAAAUGAUAGAGCUGAUUAACUAUAUUAAGAAGGACAAACAUUACAAAGAAAAAAAUUUUAUUAACUACAUCGAAUAUGAUUUUCACAUUUCCGUAAAGAACAAAAGUUUCGAAGAUGCCAUGAACGAUUUUAUUAAUAAAGUUCUACUGAAGGAGAUAAAGAACGUGUCUUUUUUUAUGGAAACAUCGAAAACUGUAAUCCAGGAUGGAGCCAAUACAAACAACAGUAGUAGCAACAAUGUCACACAGAACCAUCCAUGCGUUUUUCAAAACGGAGUGUUUAGAACGAAUUGUCUGGAUUGCCUAGACAGGACCAACGUCUUCCAGUACUACUACACUCUCUUCUUCAUUCUGUAUGUAUUGCAUGUAUCAAAAAAUGAUAUAUUUUUAAAGCCAGUGAAGAAAUCUCAUCUGUGCUUUUACAAGAAUUUUAAUACACUGUUUAAUAGCAAGAGCGUGACAAUAGUGACUACCCUCCCGACGGAUAGCUACCUGGUGGAGCUUUCUGAGAAAUCUGGUAUUAGCAAGAAUUACGAGUACAGUAAGGGGAGUAGCAACAGUAGCUGUAGUUUGUUUGAGGAUUACUGCUAUAUUAACGAGGGUGAAACCCACCAAAAUGAGGAAGGCGCAAACGUUGUGAGCAGCGUAAACAAUACGAGUAGCGCAAACAAGACAAUUAGCGCGAACAAUACCAGUAGCGCGAACAACGCCAGUAGCGCGAAUAAUACCAGUAGCGUUAAUAACGAGAGCAGCAUCAACAAUGCGAGCAGUGUUAAAAAUGGUGGAAGCAACGUGAAUAAUGGUAGUAGCCUCAACAGCGGUGGCGGCAAGAGGGAAUGCCUCAAGAGCGAAAUUAUGAGCAGAAUGGAAAAGGAGGAGAAGAAACACAGAAUGUCAUACAGUAAUUACGACCGGGAAGAUGAAAGGAAAUUUAGCAGUCGACAAGAACAGCCUGAAGAAUACGUACAUAUCUUAAAACAUUUCUUUAAGAAAAUGUGGGUAGAAAAUGGAGACAUUAUUAGUACCCAUUAUACAGGAACAGGUAGCGUCUUUUCUUCGCAAAUAAAUGUAGGAAGAUCUUCCCUAAGCACAAACAUUGACCAUGCGAUAAAAUCAAUUGAAAGAUUUUAUCAAAAUAAUUUUGAGGAUAAUUUCAGACAGGAAUGUAUCGAUAUUAUUUUGUGCACAGGCAAAUACAGCAAAAGUAAAAGAAGAAAUUUUAUAGGGGCAGAUUUCAACUAUUUUUUAAAUUACGGCAAUUUUAUGAAUAAGGAGAGCUUCCUCGGUUUAAGGGGCAGAAAUAUGGGUCUCUCUAUUCCAUACCUACCCUAUGGAAGGAAUGCACAAAUCACGAAUGCACAUCCGGCUGAAGGGCACAUUAAAGGGGAGAGGGAUACUUCCAUGGAGAAUCACCCAAUGGGUAGAAGCAAGCAUAAGGCAUCUGAGUUUAACAGCAAUAGCAGCGAUUCCAGUGAGAAUGGGGUUGAAAAUAGUAGUAGCCUUCCUGAAGAGGAGCAAGAGGAAGAUGAAGGGCGUCUAACGUGGGGGAGAAACAAGGAGAACAGAAUUGGAGUGCCCAGCAAAAAUGAAGAAGUGAAGAAGAUGGAAGGAAGGAAUGCAAAGGAGAGACAUUCCUUGGUAGAUUAUCCUCUGGGGGAAGACGUAAAUUUUGAGGAUGACAAGGGGAGGGACGAUGAAGAGGAUUCGGAAGAGCAGCAGGAGGAAGCAUGCCAAUCACCUCACAUAAAGGACACACGUAAAAUAGUAAAAUCGAGUAAGCGGGCCAAGAUGAAGAAGACGAACAAGGUGCAUUUGGCGGAGAGCGAAAGCAAAGAAGUUGUUCAAACGAAGAGGGAAAAGGCCUAUGGGAAAUCUACCUCCAUGAGCGAUAUGCAUCCACGAAGAAAUGUAAAUAAUGACAGCAGUGCGGACAACACACUAAAUAGCAACAGUAGCAGUAGUGGUAGCAGAAGCCGAAGUGGAAGUAGCUACUCGGAGAAUAACGUGCAGAAAAGGAGGAAGAAGAAAAAAAAACGAAAAAAUGUAAACAAAAAAGGCAAGGACAAAAAAAACAAAAGCGACCUAGUAUACAUGAAGAAUCUAUAUAAAAAAAAAAAUUAUGUUUACAACGUGAGGAAUAGGAACAAGUACAGCGAUUAUCUAAAUCACGACCUUAUAAAUCAUUACUACAUGGAUUUUGAUGAAUCGAAAAUGGGAAGUUCAAAUAGGAAAAAAAAAAUUACUAAUAAUGAUUAUGAGGAAAAAAUUGUAAAAUUGUGGGCAGGCACAUGGAACUUAUGUGGAAAUGACCUGUACGAACUGAAUGAUAUUUCGUCUUGGCUGAAUGAGAUCAACGAGUGCAUUGAUAUGUAUGUGUUUUGCUUCCAAGAGGUGGUGGAGUUAACGGGAUUUAGAAUUUUGAUGAACAUGAAAGACAAGUUUAAGGAGAAGAAGAUCGAGCAGAAAAUUACCCAGUCCCUGGCAGAGAUGUCGCAGAGACAAAAGGAAAUGUACAUUAGGAGUAAAAUCGGCACUAUUAAUGGUGACAACGAGGAAAGCAGGGGCUUCACCAAGCACUCUGUCGGCACGCCCCACCACACCUAUGAUAACCGAGGCAGUGUUAACAAGGAAGAGAUUAAUAAGGGCGACUAUUACGAAUAUUGUUUGAAGAGUUUUAACGAGUCAUACAUGUGCGAGGGCGCGUCCUGCAUGGGGAGCGCUUCCAACACUGCUAACCCUGUCAAUACUGCCAACGCAAGGAGUUCGACCCAGAAGGGAGAGAGGGGAAGCUUCGAUCAGAAUGGUAUCCUGGACAUUUCGAAGAAUUGUUUUCUGAAUAAUUACUUUAACAACUUGGAAGAGGAUCGGGAGGAGACUCAUCCUCGUUUGUUCGUUCCGUCGGUUUCGCCUAGCACCCCAGAUGAACAGAACAAGUUGCCAAACAGGAAUAUGCCCGACGAGAAGAUGAUGGUUCAGGAGGACCCCCUAAGUAGUAGGGCCCCCUCGAAUGCUCAAGAAAGGAACCAAAGUAACAAUUUUCUAAACGUUUCAGGGGGUCGGGAUAACAAUGGCGGCAACUUACUAGGGGAGAAUAUCAUAAAAAGCAACGACACAAAUAUCAGCUCGAAUAUAAAUGAGCUCUUUGACGGUAACCUUAUCAGUAGUUCCAAUAGGGAGGUAAACAACAUGUGUAGCAACAGAGAUAUCUUCAAUUUGGUCGAUCAUACAUACGGUGUAAAUAAUCACGUAGGGGGAAAUCAUUACAGUGGGAAAGGAGGCAGGAGAGAUUUGGAGGAUAUGAGUGUGCAUAAUAAUGGACACAGCGAAGAGGAUAAACAGUGUCAAGUGGGAAGAAGCAAACAGAGUUAUAUGAAUCAGAAGGAGGAAAAACUGAUGGACGAUGAUAUGUGUGGCGAAUCUGAAAAUCGAAAAAGAGCGGACACGAAUAGCAUUCACUUUUCGAGCAUGCAAGAUGUUUUUCAAGAGAGCAAAAAUAGAAGCUCGGUUAAUUUGAUACAACUGGCAGAGGAUGACAUGGAUGAUUGUCUUAGAGGAAAGGUAGGCGCGAGGACGCAUAGCCACGUGGAAGGAAGGAAUACGCAAAGGAGUUCUGCUUCGGAUGAAUACCCUGGCAGUGAUUAUAAGAAUAUGGGAGAAAAAGUACCCUUCAAAGGUAAGGAUGUUUUUUUGAAGAACGAAUCAAAUAAGUAUUUUUUAAACUUGAAAAAAUUUAAAUAUGUGAAACUGAAGUCUGUAUCCAUGAUAGGGCUCUUCAUCAUCAUUUUUAUUGAUGAGGGGUUAGUGGACUAUAUACGAGAAAUUGAUGUGUGUAAAGUGAAGGUUGGCAUGAAGGGUAACACGGGUAACAAGGGAAGUGUGUCGAUAAAAUUUCGCCUCGGGUUUAACUCCUUCUGUUUUAACAAUAUUCACUUGGCAUCAGGACAAACGAACAUGUUCGAAAGGAAUAACCAAAUGCAGACUAUUCUUAGCAAUAGCUUCCAGAACCAGGAGCUGAAUAACCUUUUCAACUUUGAUUAUUUCUUCGCUUGUGGGGAUUUCAAUUUUAGGAUCAAUAAAAAUCAUGAAGAGGUUUUCAAGUCGAUUGCGAAUAAGAAUGCCAACCAAUUGUUAAAUUAUGAUCAAUUCAUUUAUAACAAGCUAUACAACAUUCUGCCAUUUUGCCUCUUCUAUGAGCACCCCAUCUUGUUUAACCCCACGUACAAGUACAAGAAAAACUCCAACAUGUACGACGUGAGGCGGACUCCUGCUUGGUGCGAUCGGAUACUGGUGAGCGGUAAGCUAAUACACCUGUCGGAGUUGGAGAAGAAACGGAAGGAGUACAUGACACAAGCUUUCCAACCUGAGAAGGAUGAGGAAGGAAGUGGCCCACAGGGAGGUAAGAAGGACGACCUGAACAAGAGCAAGAGCGGUCAGCUGAAGCAGACAGAAGGGGGAGAACAACUGGCUAGCAAAAAUCCAGAGGGUGAUGAUGCAAAUGAUUUUUACUAUAACGAUAGAAUAUAUUUUAAUUACUUAAAUUAUAAGACUCAUAACAAUUUCUUCUCAAGUGAUCACAAACCGGUGAGUGCAAUUAUAGAGUUAAAAGUUUUUUUUGACAAGAAGGACAUCGAAUAUAAACUUUUUAACUCAUACAGUAUGAAAACAAAUGAUGACUACAACAGCUUUGUAAAAAAUUCGAGCAACACAAGCAACAGUAGUAACAAUAAGAACGGAAAUUUGCUGGACUAUUUUUUUCCCAAUAAUUAUGGCCUAAGCAAAUACACCGGCUACCCCAUUUCACAAAUUUUAAAUUAUUCAAAUAAUUUAAAUAGCAAGUUUAAAAAUGAAAUGCAUGACCAUUCGUUUCAUGAGGAUGCAAUGAAAAAUGUGGAUCGACUGGACGAUUUUUCCUGCGCCAAAUGA